AUGGGUACUCCUAUAGAUUCUGUUAAUUCAUCUUCUUCGUCCACCACUGUUGCACCCAGAGUUUCUCCUACAACGGGUGUGGUGGACUCUUCACAUCCAUACUACAUUCAUCCUUCAGACUAUCCAGGGAUGAAUUUAGUUACUUCAGUUUUUGAUGGAAAAAACUAUGGAGGAUGGAGAAGGGCAGUAGUCAUUGCUUUGUCUGCCAAGAACAAGUUGGGAUUCAUUGAUGGAACCCUGACUGUUCCACCUGCUGAUUCUGGACUCCAAAGAAUCUGGGCUAGGUGUAAUGAUAUGGUCCUCUCAUGGCUGUUGAAUUCUUUAUCUAAAGACAUAGCUGAAAGUGUCCUGUACUCACAAAGUGCCAAGGAUCUCUGGAGUGACCUAGAAGAUAGGUUUGGGCAAACAAAUGGAGCAAAGUUAUUUCAACUACAAAAGGAACUCAGUGCAGUUGUUCAAGGAAAUACCAGUAUCUCUACCUAUUUUACUAAAAUGAAGAGCCUAUGGGAUGAACUUGAUGCAUUAAACACUUUCUCAGCUUGUAUCUGUAAUUGUGAGUGUGGAGCCAAAGCUAAGAGUGUAAAGGCACAUCAAGAUGAAAGGUUAUUGCAGUUUUUGAUGGGGCUUAAUGACACAUUCAUAGGGGUCAGAAGAAACAUUCUUCUAUCUUCUCCUCUGCCUUCCAUUGGUCAGGCAUAUUCUCUUGUUAUCCAAGAUAAGAAACAUAGAGAGAUUCAUGCUGCUCCUGUCUAUCCAGGAGAUUCAGCAUCCUUCCUUACCCCCACUCAUUUUGGAAAUUUCAGAAAAUACAAUGAAGACAGAGGACAAAAGGGAAGAUAUGAUCAGAAGAAGAACUCCGAAAUGUGUUACAUGGCUUCCCAACAGAUUUUUAAGUUUACCAAACAGAGGAAGUUUCAAGGAACUGUGCAAGCUAAUAAUGCAUUUACUGGCAAUAAUGAAAUGGAGUAUACAUGUGCUAAUGCAACAGAAAAUCAGAUUCUUACCCAGGAUAAUGUGGCUCAACUUCUGAAACUCCUCCAACAAAUGAAGGCAGGACAGCUGGGAACAGGCAGUUCUGAUGCAAAUGCAAAUCUCAGUUGUGCAGGUAUAGCCAAGUUCUUCAACUCUUAUGCCUGUCUCAUUCAAAUUAAUUGUGAGUCUUGGAUAUUGGAUAGUGGUGCAACUGAGCAUAUGACAUUUAACAAAGAUUUUUUCACAAACUUUAAAGCCUUACCUAAACCAUUGAUGGUUAAACUUCCCAAUUCUUAUAGAGUUAAGGGCCCUUCACUGAAGAGCCCUCUGGAGAUUGGUAAAGAAAAAGAAGGCCUCUACAUCCUCAAUUCAAGAUCCUCUAUAGCAGCUUCAAAGGAUUUACCUAAGUCUAGUAAUGAUGAUAAGUUAUGGCAUUAUAGAUUAGGCCAUAUGCCUUUAAGUAAUAUGAAAAACAUAUCCUCUGUUUCUGUUCCUUCAUGUCUCAAUUUUUCAACUCCUUGUACCAUAUGUCCAAUGGCUAGGCAAUGUUAUCCCCAUGGAAAGAAAGGUUAUAAAUUACUUAAUCUUCAAAGUUUUAAGACCUUUGUUUCUAGAAAUGUCAUUUUCCAUGAAGAAUUCUUUCCUUAUGCUUCUUUGAAAUCUGAUUGUCAUGACGAACUACCCCUGCCUGUUGCUUCUUCUCCUACUCCAGGUAGCCAUAUACCUGACUUCCCUAUCUCAGUAUCCCCUUAA